AUGUCGCUCGAUGAACAAUCUGAUUUCUCCUUGGUAAUUAAAGAACCCGAUGAUCAUUGGGUUGCGGAUAUCCUUGAUUUAUACGGAUACAAUGUUGAAAAAUCUCCUCAAGUAGAAUCUUCAAAUUUCAAGAUCGUUACUCCAAAAAUGGUUCGAGACAUUAUCCGUAAUAAAGAAUUACUCGUCCCAUCAUCUUGUCACUCUUUGAAGGAUAGGAAUGAUUACAUAAUCCUCCUUCUAAGAUAUGUACUUCAAGAUGGUGCUUUCACUGAAUUGACUGGUGUACCCCUUGUACCUGUUAAUUGCAUCUCCUAUUCCGCAUUCGGUACUCAACAAUAUUAUUUGGCACUUUCUUCGGAUUUACAAUUCUUUCCAACUGUUGGUUGCUUUGUAUUGAUUACCGUUGAAUUACCCGAUGACCUUAAAUCAAUUUUUGAUUCAACAGAAUUUCAAUCUAUUAAUAAGGUUAAAAAAUUAGAUUUUAAUGGUUUUUGUAACCUUUUUCGUCAUGAAUUACCAAGAGCUCCAAUUAUUGAUUGGGAUCCUGGUACUACUACUUCUUUCCUUAAUAAACGUUGGAUUAAAAAUUUCUGGGAAAGAAUUUCUAAAUUUAAUGAUUAUGAUUUGAAAUUACUUGGAAAUUAUCCACUUAUUCCUAUAAUUACUACAACUCAUAAUUAUGAACUUAUUUCCGUAAAAAAUGAUCUUCCUAUAUUGAGAAUUCCUAGAAGAAAAGAUGAUGUAAUAGAUAUCUUAAGAAAACUCGGUAUUUUCUUUACAGAAGAACCAAGAACUGAUAUUACAAAAAAAUUUAUUUGGGAUUGGAGUCCUUCAAUGGUCAUUAAAGCUAUUGAUAAAUCGGUCUAG